CUACCACUCAAACCAAGUUUUGGAUGCACACGUCUAUAUACACACAUAACACAUGCAUACAUGUAUUGAUCAUCAUGAUGUUAUAUUCCAUUACAAUCAAACAUAUAUGUGACAUAUAAUCACAAAUUUUCUUAUAAUUUGUUAUGUUAUUUACUGAGAAAGAGAUCUGAUCGCUUUAUAAGUCCGCAUAAAGAGACACCACAACUUUCUUUCUUCUUCAUUCACUUCUAUCAACGCCAAAUUUGCAGACUUUCCCAGGACCAAAAUUAUAUUAAAAAAAAGUUCCUUUUUUCUGAUCAAAUUGUGAAAUUCGCUUGCUUGCUUUCUUCACAGUCAAUUAAUUCUCUAACAAAACAUUCUUCGAUCGUUCGUUUUCAUCUUCUAUGCUUCUCUGAUCAGACACAAGAACACAACCAAAGAAACUCACUAUAGCUUGUCUGUAGAUUCUGAUGUUCGAAUUCUUGUUGUUGAUGAUGAUUGAAUUGAUGAUGAUGAUGGUUUGAUGCAGAUGGGUUUUCAAAAAUCUCAUCUUUUUUCUUAACAAGUAAUCAUUUUUAUCCAUCUCAAGUCUCUGUUGAAUUUUCUAUGAUUUUGUCUCUGAUUGUGAAUCUGGGUAAUGAUCAAACUGUAGUAUUAGUUACUAACAUUUCCCCAAAUGGAUUGAUCUCUCUGAUGUGUUUGUUUGGUCAAUCAAAAUUGAUUUCUGGGUUUUCUGUUGUGAUCAUGGUAAGGUCAAAAGUUUUGAGUUUCCGUGUGCAGAGGAGAAGGAGUAGUCCUUUGCGUGUGACAAACUGUUUUCUUAUUAUCUUCCGUAUCAGAUCCAAUCUUUCUUUAAGAUUCCUUUUUCAUCUUUAUAGAAUAAUUCAUUGUUGAUUCCUACACUUCUCUUCCAAGUUUUCUUCUUUCAUUCUUGGUUGAUUUGAUUUGAUUGAUUCACAGAUUCUUUCUCUGUUCUUCAUUAGUCAAAAGGUUUCACCUUUUCUAGUUUCUGUUUAUAACAAUUGAUUAUGAUUUGGAACCUUACUUAGUUUCUGUUUCUUAUGUAGAUCAAAAAGCUUAGAACUUGUUGAACAAUACUAGAGACUAGAGAAUUUGCAGAUAAUCUGUUUCAAAAAUGGAUGCUACGAGUGGAACUCCGAGUUUACAGUAUAUUAACUUGCCGGAACAAUCUGUUUCGACUACUUCUCCUCCUGUGUCACCAUUUCAGAGGCCAAAACGACAUUGCUUUGGUGACACAACUCCAGGAGAGUUUCCUUUAGCAGCUAACCCUUCCAUUGUCCUACAUGUUCUCACUGAAUGUAGAUUGGAUCCUCGUGACCUCGCUAAUCUCGAGGUUUUGUUUCGAAAAUGUCGGAAAUGUUUUACUGAAAUUUUCGAGGAUUGAUUGUUCUGCUGAUUUGAUUGUUGUUGUUGUUGUUGUUGUUUUAGGCAACAUGCUCGUUCUUUAGCCAGCCAGCAAACUUUGCCCCGGACAUUAACCUAUCACUAUCGGAGCUCGCUGCUCUCGACAUGUGUAAUAAAAGGGUGAUUUUCAAGCCGAUGAAUGAAGAAGAACGUCAAGAGAUGAAACGUAGGUGCGGAGGAUCAUGGAAAUUAGUCCUUCGGUUUUUGCUGGCUGGUGAAGCGUGUUGUCGAAGAGAGAAAUCUCAAGCUGUUGCUGGUCCUGGUCAUAGUGUAGCAGUCACAUCGAAAGGAGAAGUUUAUACUUUCGGAUAUAAUAACUCUGGACAGCUAGGACAUGGUCAUACCGAGGACGAAGCUCGAAUUCAACCUGUUAGAUCAUUGCAGGGAGUUCGAAUCAUCCAAGCAGCUGCUGGUGCUGCUCGGACAAUGCUAAUAAGCGAUGACGGAAAAGUUUAUGCGUGUGGAAAAGAAUCCUUCGGGGAAGCUGAAUACGGAGGGCAAGGGACUAAACCAGUUACAACUCCUCAGCUUGUAACAUCUUUAAAAAACAUAUUUGUAGUGCAAGCAGCUAUUGGGAAUUACUUUACCGCUGUUCUCUCCCGAGAAGGAAAGGUUUAUACAUUCUCGUGGGGCAAUGACGGUAGACUAGGACACCAAACUGAGGCUGCGGAUGUCGAGCCUCGUCCUUUGUUAGGCCCACUCGAGAAUGUACCCGUUGUGCAGAUUGCUGCUGGUUAUUGCUACCUUCUUGCCUUAGCCUGUCAACCAAAUGGCAUGUCUGUUUACUCAGUUGGUUGCGGUUUGGGAGGCAAACUUGGUCAUGGGUCAAGAACAGAUGAGAAGUAUCCUCGGGUCAUCGAGCAGUUUCAGAUAUUGAAUCUUCAACCUAGGGUAGUUGCAGCGGGUGCUUGGCAUGCCGCGGUGGUAGGUCAGGAUGGAAGAGUGUGCACUUGGGGUUGGGGAAGAUAUGGAUGUUUAGGUCACGGUAACGAGGAGUGUGAAUCAGUCCCUAAGGUUGUUGAAGGUCUAAGCCAUGUCAAAGCAGUUCAUGUCGCAACAGGAGACUACACUACUUUUGUGGUCUCAGACGAUGGUGAUGUUUACUCGUUUGGCUGCGGCGAAUCCGCUAGUCUCGGUCACCAUCCAUCCUUUGAUGAACAGGGUAAUCGACAUGCAAACGUGCUAAGUCCAACGGUAGUAACAUCGCUAAAACAAGUGAACGAGCGGAUGGUCCAGAUAAGUCUAACGAACUCCAUAUACUGGAACGCUCAUACAUUUGCGCUCACGGAAUCGGGGAAGCUAUUCGCGUUUGGUGCAGGCGAUCAGGGUCAGCUUGGAACAGAGCUUGGUAAGAACCAAAAAGAAAGGUGUGUACCGGAAAAAGUGGAUAUCGAUCUCAGCUAGCUAGCUGACUUAUGUGGUUUGGUUGGUAAGAAACUACGUUUGACAUCAAGGAAACAAAAACGCAAGAAAAUUUGCGUUUGCUUUUUAUGUUCAUAAGACUUGGAAGCUUGUACAAAAAGGGGAAUAACAUAAACUUGUCUUUAACAUUUCAUUGUAUAGGGUUUUUAGAUUAUUCUAAUUGUUCAUUGGUUAAGUUUUAGGUUAUGUUGUUAAUAAUUAUCAAAUAAUUUCAUUAAAUCAAAUUAUUGUCAGAUUCAAUUUCUACCAAAUUUUUAUUUUAUUUUCUGUUUUCAUAUUUGUUGGG